AUGAGUACCGCCAUCGCAAGGCCGCUGCGGAUCAGUCCCAGGGCUAUCCAACGCUCCGAUUGUUGGGCGAGGGCGUCGUCCACGCUGCAGAACCUCGUGGCUGCCUCAGCUUCCCGCUCCCGCCCGCAAAUCCACCGCCAGCAGCUCCGUGAUCGCGAACGACAUCAGCAUGAGAUUGAUGUCGUCCCUCACCUGGCCAAGCAACCUUUGCACCCGCUGAGCCUUGCGGAUCUGGUCAAACAUGGCCGCCCUCCUCUAUCAGCCGAAGCUCUCCUGGCCUCCGCCCGCUUUACACUCUCGCUGCUGCCGGUUCGCCUAGCGCAUCGCAUCCAGGCGCUGCGCAACCUUCCAUAUAUUGUUGUCUCCAACCCGAAUAUCAACAGAAUUUACAACAACUACCAGCACUCGCUCUCCACCCUCCUGCCGUGGCAAGGGCGCACCAUCAGCAACCUCGAUGACGAGAUCCGCUUCACCGAGGUGCUGGCCGAGCUCGUGCAAACACACACGGACACCAUCCCCAUCCUCGCUCGCGGCUUCCUCGAGUGCCGCAAAUACGUCUCCCCGUCCGAGGUAACACGCUUCCUCGACGAACACCUGCGUGCCCGCAUCGGUACACGCCUCGUCGCCGAGCAGCAUAUUGCCCUCCACUUCAGCAGCACGCCCCAUUUCGACCCAGCAUCGAGCCCGACCCCAUGUCCCGAACAUCCCAGCUACAUUGGCGUCAUCGACACGGCCCUCCGCCCGGCCUCCAUCAUCGACUCAUGCGGCGACUUCGUAGCCGAGAUCUGCGAGCUCAACUACGGGGUGCGCCCCCGCUGGAUCGUUGACGGCGAGCCUGACACUACCUUCGCCUUCGUGCCCAUGCACCUCGAGUACAUCAUCACGGAGCUGCUUAAGAACGCCUUCCGCGCUACCGUCGAGAACGGUAUGAACCGCGAGCCCGUCGUCAUCACCAUCGCCCCGGAGCCGCCCGAGGUGAAGCCACCGCCACCCCUUCAAGGACAGGUGCACCUCAGACCUCCCAAGGAAUCCCGCGGCGCAUUCAACCGCGACGCCAUCGCCCCACUGGACGAUAACGCCCCCGGCGUGACGAUCCGCAUCCGCGACCGCGGCGGCGGCAUCGGUGACGACGUGCUUCCCCACAUUUGGAGCUACUCAUUCACCACGUUCAGCGAGUCGGACGACGUGCCCGGGGCCUGGGGCAGCGACGACGCCCUCAAUGUUAUUACCUCGGCAGCCAACAACGGCGGCAGCACCAUCGCAGGGCUCGGGUACGGCCUGCCGCUCAGCAGGGCUUAUGCCGAGUACUUUGGCGGCGGCAUCGCCGUGCAGAGUCUGCAUGGCUGGGGGACGGAUGUGUAUUUGAGACUGAAAGGGGUGGGCAAGAUAGAAAGGCCACAGUAA